UGGAAUUAGCUGCGCCCUGAGGUUCUGUGAGACAAAAAACAUAGCCUUUUGAGGUCCAUGCUUUUUCCAAGAUAUCCUCCGGUGACCCCGGAUUCGACGUACACUUGCUCUGAGUUUAAUAUGCUUGUUCCCACCGAAAAUAUCUAGCCUCCCUAAAUUUUUUAUUAAUCAUCGCUUUCUUUUCAUCAUUCUUUCAUCAUACAUUGUGUACCUUGCAGCAUUUUCUUCCAAACGACGACUUGGUCCUUCAAUGGAAGCCUUUUUGCGGAGCAGCACCCCAGAAUUGGUGCAGCUAGGCCUGAUUGAUGAAGAUUGGUCCGCCUUUUAUUGCGGACAUCAACCGCCAACCCCCGGCCCAUCUGUCCAUCAGGCCAUCGGCUUCUACCCACCGUACGAUAAUCCCAAUAACGUACAACUUGGCCUUCACAACAGUUGGCCUGCUUGCAAUCAUGCACAUCUCUCUCCCUGGCCACUAGUAACGCCAGCACCAGAUGGUACGCAGUUGCCUUGGACACUCGGCCAGGAGACUUACCCUGCACUUCGACAAGACAGUGAAAGCUACUGUGGCACUGAGGCAACGGGGAUAUCUCCCGUCGAUUCGUCUGCCGGUCAAGAUCCAGCAGAAAAUGGCCCACCGGUAGCCUAUGCCUUACUACCGAAAAAGCAACUCCGCCGGGGUCGCAUGAAGCGGACCCCUCCUAUUCCGAAUCAGUCUCCCCUUCGGUGUCGGACCAUUCUCCCAAAUCCCGCUCAGCUUGCUGCUCAGCACUCUGAAGAUGCAGAGAGUAACGGGCCGAAGAAGAAGCGCAAGUAUUCGGAGGAAGGCAAAGCAAAGGUCAAUGAGGUGCGGAGGCUCGGAGCAUGCUACCGUUGUCGAAAACUGAAGAAACCGUGUACCGGACAACUCCCAUGCCCCAGCUGCGUGGAUAGAGACAAGAAACGACUAUGGCGAGGCCCCUGCACAAGGAUUGAUCUCAAUGAUCUCAGCAUCUAUAGCACUGACCAGUGGAGCUCACUACUCCAAUCCAUUACGACCCUUCAACAUGACCAAUCUUGGAGCGAUGAAUUCAUGACCUGGAAGGUGCGCGGCGGAAAUGGGCCAGUGUUAAAGUUUCAACUCCGCGGCAUCCAAUCCGACUAUUUGUGCAGCAAUUUCGUCGGUGGAAUGUCAAACGUGCCCACUCUGGCUCAAUUCGCAUUGGUCCCCAAAGACGACAAGACCUCAGUUCCGUUUUCUGCAGAGGACUUUGAUGCCUUUGUGGAUGGUAUCCUUCACGAGAUCCCUAGCCGAAUCUUUGUCACGUUCCUGGCCUGUCUUUUACAAAAGAUUGUCGAUUAUGCUGUGGAGACAAAGGACACAUUACUUGCCCUGGCGUUGCGGUAUUAUGGCUACUGCCGCCUUGCCCAUGGAUUCCUCCGCGGUCUCUGCUACGAGGGCUACCAUGGCGGGGUCGGCGUGGGCGUCUGGCUGCGCAAGAUUUUUAAAUGGGACGAGAUUAGUAUCCUGCUAAAGAUGCAGCUCUUGCAAUUUACUUCUGAACGAGCAAAGGCUCUAGAGAAGAGACUCUUUGAAACAGUCCAAGCAAGACUGACCGUCGCGAAGAAACAAGAAGCAUUCGUGCCGACAUUGCUGGCUCUCUCGAUUCUCGUCGAUCAGCUAGACUGCAAUAUCCACGAGGGGAUAUGGUUAGAGAAGCCGGCCGUUAACAUGGUGUGCCCACAAAAGACAGCCAUUCUCGGAGAUAUUCCUACAGAACGAUUAGGUCAUGCUCUUACGGAAAGGGCGUCUGAGUUGGCCAAUGCCGCUGUAAAUUUUAGCCAUCUUGUCACAGACCGUGUGCUGCCAGACGACUUUAUUCCAUCCGCAAAGAAGCAACCCACAUCCGACCAGGAAUUCUUGUUGACGCUGCGCCGUGUUCUCCGCGGUCCUCGCCACCAUCUCCCACGCACGAACCCAGUAUUUCUCGAGCGAGUAAUAUUCUCAGACAGUAUCCUAAAAUCUCAAUCAUCGCCAUCAUUUACCCUUUGCACGGCAUCGUCCACCCAUGAUCAGACUACAAUCCAUUCUCCAUCCGCUACUUUAGCCUCCACCAAGCCUCACGCCGACUGUGAUCAUCAUCACGGUCUAACUCAUCCGCCAGCUAGCACACUAUCCUCCUCAGCCACAUGUUCAACUAAUACUUGCAAUCAUCCCAAUGCUGAAGCAAACGACGAAAUGGACACCGACGAUGCCGCGCACAUCAACGAGACCUGCUCUUGCGUCGAGAGUCUCCUCAAACGCUCCAUCCGCGACGGCGAAGACGUGACCGACCUUCUGCUUCGAUUAAACAACGUUCCCCUUUCUUCUUCGACUUAUACCCUUUCCCGUUCCAAUUCCCCAUCCCCAUUUCCGCCAUCUUCCUCUACCACUUCUUCCUCAUCAUCUGCGGUGUCUUCAUCACGCAAACCAAAAUCUCGCAUUACUAAAGCCCAACCCACCACCUCGUCUUCUUCAUCCACAUUCACAUCCACAUCUACAUCAUCACAUUCGUCAACCAACGUAUCCCUAUUCCGACCAAACUGGGCAUGGCCAUUAAUAUCAACCAUUCCUGCCCCCACCACCACCACUUCCGCCACUCGCGACACUUCUAGUACUACCAGCCCAACAUUUCCAGAACUCGGGCUAAAUCUUGCAUCUGGACCCGGAUACGGGCCUGGAUAUGGACCUGGACCCGGCCCUGGAUCUGGACUCGGAGUCGGAUACGGAUACGGCUUCGGCCUCAACUCCUGCAAUUGUCGCCGCUACGACUACUUGCACAACUGGACCUUUGAGCCCGAAGCCGACUGCGUGCGGUGCGAAAAGAUGGUCAAAUGGCGCGGUCAAUUGGUCUGUUUUGGCCGGUUGGAAGGGGAAGGGCCACUGUCUAGAUUUUUGGCUGUUCCUCAAUGACUGUAGUUUGUUUGUAGUUGUAGUGGGUUACCGUUUCUGUUGCUGUACCAUGCAGAUGCUGUACAGUGCCCGUGCGUUGCAAUUGCCACUGGCUCAUGACCUAUAAUGUCUGCACACAUUUCGUUGCAUUUGAUACAGAAGAAUAGAAUAGAAUAUACCAUUUCAAUAUCGAUACACUUGGACAUACAUAUUGACACGCAAAUAUGCCAUUAACGAAUUUGACAUGGAGGG